AUGAAUUCCAACGGAAAAUCCACCUCAGAGAAACCAAAAGCCAUUGAGACUGGCUCCUCUCCCGGACCGAUCAAGCUCAUCGGAACACCCUAUGUCUCUCUCGGCCACUCGAUCAGCGACCCCCACUCGAAGCAAGCCAAAGGCGAAGCGUCGGUCACCUCUGGUUUGACCAAAAUCAGCGGAAAGACCUCUGUCUCUUCUGGUAUCUUGAUCGGCGUACCUAAAUCGAGAAACCCCAAUGGUGUUAGAGGCAAAGCCGUUGUCUCCUCUGGCACCAAGGGAAAAGCCAUUGUCUCGGCCGAGGUUGUGGCUUUCAAAGGUGUGAAAUACGGAGCUCAUGACGGCGAGCUGAGGUUUCGGUUGAUCUUUUUCUGGGAAGCUCGAAAUGUUGUGACAAAAGUGCUUCUAGGUCUCGAGAUGCUUCUCAUCGACCAAGAGGAGACUGUCAUUCAGGGUUUCAUCCCAGCUGGGAGGAUAGACACUUAUUUGCCACACAUGAGAGCUGGUGGCAUUUACAGACUCAACAGUUUUUUCGGGUCUAACAACAAGACUUUGUAUCGUGUUGCAGAUCCAAGUUUCACCAUCACAUUCUCAUCGACUUCUGUCCUCUCUGAUCUAGAGGACAGUUCGGCAUGUUUCCCUGAGGAUCGUUUCUGGUUCCAUGGAUAUGAGGAGUUCGAUGUUGCCUGCGACUUGCGAGGGGAUCUUUAUGAUUAUGUUGGCCAUAUCAAGCUUGUGAAUGGGCAGGUUCUCAGUGACACUCUCGUGCUAGAUGAUGCCGAAAUAGCUUCUUCGCGCCGAGUUCUGCUUCAUGUUCUAACACAUGACGAUCCAGUGAUGAAGUUGUAUCUAUGGGACAAGGCUGCCUUCAAUUUCAGUGAGAGAUUCAAAGCAUCUGGAGGAACUGCACGUGUUAUUUUAGUCACUACCUUGAACCCAAAGCGACUUGGAGGUGCUCUAGCUCUCUCCUCCAUGACGCCAUCACGUGUGUUUUUGGACACUGAUGUCCAAGCAACCCGAGAUUAUCUCACUUGCUUCAGGAUGAACACGAAUCUAGAUGUUGCUAACAGAGUUGACGCAGACAUUGUCACUAAGACUGAGACAGUGACCAUAGGCGAGCUAUUUUCCUAUAUGAAGCAGGAAGAUGCGAAGGUUGUUCAGUACCAAUUGGUUGCUUGGUUUGAGUGCAUAGCAACCAUUGGAGAUGUUGCGCACGGCUCAUCAUGGUAUUACAUAGGCUGUGGUGGGUGCCACACUAAGGCAACCAAAGGGCCUACUAGCCUUAUGUGUAAGAAAUGUGGGAAAACCGAAAUUGUUGGUGUUGCACAGUACUUGGCGAAGAUCUCCAUGUAUGAUAAUGAUGAUCAAGCGUCUUUUGUGCUCCUUGGUGGUGCUGGAUAUGAGUUAUCUGGUAAGAAAGCUUCUGAAUUGGUUGAGGAUUAUUUCGAGGCCAAUGAGGAUGUAGGGGAUGAUCACUUGGUUCCGGUACCUCAAGCUCUUAUCGAUACCAUAGGACAGACCCGAAAAUUCGUUGUGAAGGUGUCAAAUCACAAUUUAACUGGCCAGACCCAAGCUUUGACUGUGACAAAGGUGCUCACUCCAGAAGUUCCAGAAGUUGAAGCCAAUUUCGAAGGAAAUGUGGCUGUACCAGACGCACAGGAAACUUUGGACAAGGAAGUUGCUGGUGAUGGUCCUUCCACAUUCUUUGGGAGUGUGAAGAAGACUGCUGGUCAGGCUGACGCAGAGGAUCCCAAGCGAGCAAGAAGUGGCUAG